AUAACUUUCCAAGUGAUCGUCGCAAGAAGAAACAUUCAGUCUGCAGACCAAUCACUUCGUUCCUCCAAACACCAUCACUUUAAGAAAAUUUCUUCAGUGUUUUUUCGAAAAAAAUAAAACAAAAAUCAACCAACGAUUUCUCGUUUUCAUUUGAAAAAUUAAAUUAUUAAUUUCUAUUAAUUUAAUAAAGCUAACAAGAAAAAAUUGCCAUGAAAUUUUUUCAUGUAUUAAUUGUGAUUAAUUUUGUUAUUUCGAUAUCUGAUAUUGCUACAGCAGCCAAGAAAAAUCAACAACCAUCAAAAUCUGCAGAAUGCGGUCGUCCCGCAGUUUCACAGCGUCAACCAAGGCUGGAUGAUUUGGAGGAUGUUAUACAGCCAAAAAAAUUAUCACCUUCAAAAACAACUGGUAGAAUAUUCAAUGGAAAACCAAGUAGAAAAGGUUCAUGGUCUUGGCAGGUAUCACUUCAAUUGUUGCAUCCAAAAUUAGGAUUUAUUGGACACUGGUGCGGUGGAGUAUUGAUAAAUCCAUCCUGGGUUCUAACUGCAGCACAUUGUAUUGAAAAUGAUGUUUUCAAUUUACCAAUUGGUGCACUGUGGACAGCAGUUAUUGGAGAACAACAAUUGGAUUCUAAUGUUCGUGAUUCCAUAAGAAUACCCGUUGAGCGUAUUGUCAUACAUGAACAGUUUAAUAAUUACAUAAAUGACAUUGCUUUGAUGAAACUAAGUCGACCAACUCCACUUUCAAAAGUCAUACGAACAAUUUGUCUGCCAGAUGUCAAUGAAAAAUUUGAAACAAAUUGUAUUAUAUCUGGUUGGGGUCGAUCUGGUCCAUCACCAUCGUUAUCAAGUGCUUUGUUGGAGGCAAAUAUUCCUUUACUUGAUAUUGGUGUUUGUAAACAAGCAUAUGGCAAUACGGUACAUCUUCAAGAAGGUCAUUUGUGUGCUGGACAUACAAAUGGUUCAACUGGUAGCUGUGUGGGUGAUUCAGGAGGUCCUUUACAGUGUCGUGGUUCUGAUGGUGCUUGGAAACUCGUUGGUAUCACGUCAUUUGGUUUUGGAUGUGCACGUGUUGGCUUUCCUGAUGUUUACUCUGAUGUAUCAAUAUACUCAGGCUGGAUAACUGAUACAAUGAAAUUUGAUGAAAACACGUGAAAUAUCAAUAAUAAUUAUAAUUAAUUAUAAUAACUUGUGAUGACUAAGCUCAUGAGUAUACGAAUAUUGAAUAUUUAACAACACAUUGAGUCUUUAAAAAUUACUAUUUAUUACACUUGAUAUAUUAUAGUUAUAAUAAUUAUCCAAAGUACU